AAAAAAGAGAAAAAAGCAAAAACAGAAAAAUUUAAAAAAGAAGUUUCUUUCUUUCCUCCAAAGAUUACCGUUCUGGGUGACUUGGAUAAUCGGUACAACCUUCCAACCUCUGAGCCCAGAGCUAAGCGUACGGUGAAGAUCAGAGCCGCUGACUUCCGCAUUCUGACCUGGGGUCCCUGGAGCAAGCCCACUGAAUUUGGGUCUGAUGACGGGCAGACCAGCGCCGUGUACAUUUACGUGCCCUUGGUCCUCGGGACCAUGGUGUGUGCCCUGGUCCUCGGCUUCCUGUUUAAAAGAUGUGUCCGGAUGCAGCGACUCUUCCCCCCGGUUCCAAAAAUCAAAGACAAACUCAACGAUGAGAAUCAGGUGGAGGACCAGGUAGGUAGGGGUGGGCGGAGCGGAGAGCUGGGGUGGAAAGCCGGGGAACCGGGAAUGGGGACACGGGUUCUGAGUGUCAGCCGCCCUGCUUCUCCACCAGCUGGGACCUCAGCGUCACCACGGGCUGUGGCUGGAAUCUGUAUCCAGCUCCUGGGUCUUCCACCUGGGUUUGGGUCAGGGUGUAGUCAGGUCGUGGUCAGCGUUUUCUCUGUGAGCUCCAUCAGGAGAAACUGAGGCGGGUGGGUGGUCAAGAAAAGGGGGAGAAGAA